GCUGCCCCUCGCGCCUUCCGCUGGCGCGGCCAGCGACCCCCGAGCGAGGAUGCGGCCUGUGCCGGCCGCGGCUGCGCUUCUCUGCCUCCUCUCCGUGCUGCUGCCCCGGAGCGCGGCCAGCUCCGGGGAACUCCCGGAAACAGUGCCUCUGCCAACAAAUGUUGUAAUAGAAUCCUUGAACUUCAAGACUGUAUUGCGCUGGGAUUACAUACGCAUGCCUGAACCCCCUCACUUUAUUGUGGAAAUCCAACCUUAUGAGCUAGGAAAAUAUAAGCCAGUCAGCAUCUGCAUGAACACAACUAAACAUUAUUGUGACCUCUCUAAGGAAAUAGAAGAUCCGAUUCAGUCUCACUGGGCUAGAGUUAAAGCUUUCAUUGGGUUAGAAGAGUCUGAGUAUGUUGAGACCAAAGAAUUUGUUCUGCGACGGGAUGGAAAAAUAGGACCACCGACUCUGAAUGUCUCAAUUGAGAGAGACCAAAUUAGGGUUGAGAUUCACCCCCCACGCGCUGUUCGAAAAUAUAAGGACUUCACAUACAAGGUGUUUCUUUGGUCCAGUGAAGAGCUGAUUGAAGAGCAUGAAGCAUGGCCAUGUAAGAAGCAUUUAUGUAGCAUAGACAUUCCAUUUUUUUCUACUGUUUCCACCUACUGUGUUUCUGCUCGAGGACGUUCAUCGAUUGUUUCAGAUCGAGGAUUUUGAUCCAAUAAAGUUGCAUUCGGUGUUCCUUUAGAACAGCCUCUAGACUUAAAAAAUAUUAUAAUAGGUGUUGCUGUUUUCAUUGGCCUUGGACUGAUUUUGGCCAUGUAUUGUCUUUGCAAGCAACUAAAGAAGAGAAAAAUUGAACUGCCCAAGUCUUUGGUCACUGUGAUACGAAAUCUGAACUCGCGCAACGUUUUAGAAACAAAACCGGAAGCAAAAUAUAUCUCUGUCAUAACCUCAUCAUCACCCAAGCCAAUGUUUUCAGUGAGUGACGAGGUAAACUUGAUAGACCAAGUAGACCAAGUUAAAGAAAUAGGGACCCCUAAUCCUGAAGACUGCAGUGAAGAAACAGACACUGUCAGCUCCCAGGAGAUAUCAAACAAAACAGAAGAGAUGUCUAUCCAUGAAAGCAUUGCUGAAAUGACCCCUGAUGAUGAAGAAAGCCCCAGAGUGAAAGAGAAUUAUUUUCAUUCUAGUAGUAGCCAAACAGAGUUAAAUUGUAUUCCUUCAAACCCAGAGCCUUCCAACACAGAGGUUCAAGAGUCCCUUAUCCUAAAGAGCUGCAACAAGAUUUCUGGUUAUGACAAACCUCAUGUACCAAUGGAUCUCCUCAUAGAUGUCGGUGAAGAGGAGUCUGUGAUUGCAUAUAGGCAUACUGAUGAAGUGCAUGAGUCAUGAAGAGAAUCAUUGAAGACUACAAGGAGUCCCUUUUUGUGUGCACAACAUAGACAUUUAGAAGUUUAUGAACAUCUUAGUCCUAAUGGGCUUAUCAGUGUAACUUCUUAGAGCAGACUCUUAAAAUUGAAGGGAACUCAGAUGGAAACUGCAACUAGUGUUGUCUCUGACAGUGCAGAAAAGGAGCAAGUGACUGCAACAUAUUGGUUCUGCUGUGAAGGUGUAUGUCUCGCAUUAAGCCACUAGGUGGUUUGCCUUUGACAUUUUCCUUUAGGCUAUUAAAGAACUAUCUUUAUACAAAAGGAAAGAUUCUGCAGUAUCUUCUAAAUAAAGUCAACUGAAGAAUCAUCUAUACACCAUAUCUGUUUGGGAAUUCCUGAUUCCAUGGCCAGGAACAGAUUAUAUUGGAACCUGUUCUGGAGUUAGAAGUGCUGCAUGGCGGGUCAUAAAUCUGUACAUCUGCACUAAUUGCAAGACAGUGUGCCAACCCUUCAGAAUGCCCACAUUGUACAUUUACACUUAUUGACACAGCUAUCUCUUGUGCUUGUAGCUUUAUCCAUGUUUUGUAUACAGAAGUCAUAUUGUGCAGUCACAUCUUAUGCUCUGAAAACCUGUAUGUUAGCAUGCUAUCUGACCCUAACUUCAAAAGACUAUUGUACUCUUAGCUGCACUAUUUCUAAAGAAGCAAGACUAUUAAGCAGCAGUUAUUAAAAAUGUUUAGCACUUUU